AUGGCUGCCGGCUGCAGCUUGACGCGUCCCGUCACUCCCGUGUGUGGUGUCGCCUGUGGCCGCCCCGCCGCUCGCCGGUCACUGCUAUUCCGCCAGUGUAGGGUAGCCAGGGCUACGCUGUCUGCUAUGUUCACGGUGGGACUUGGAGCCGAGAUGCUGGACACCACAGACUUCAACUACCACACUGACCACAGCUGGCUGUGUCAGCAUGCCUGCCAACAGCCAACAGCAGAGGGCAGGAUGGGCAGACAGGCAGGGGAAGUGUUCCAUCUGCACUCCUCUGAGGUGCACCAAGCAAUGAGUGUCUUCCCUGUCUCUGAGAGCAUGGAGUCCACUGGAGCAUGCUAG